AUGACCCCUAGUAUUGAUUCACCCCACCGGGAUAUAUUGCACACACUCAACGGUGAUUCCUCGAGUCUAGAUAAAUAUAGAGGAUACGAUCAUACAAGAUGGUACGUCGGAAAUGCCAAACAAGCCGCAUCCUGGUAUGUCACCCGCAUGGGGUUUGAGGUGGUUGCCUAUCAGGGAUUGGAAACGGGUUCUCGUUGUACCACUUCAUAUGUGGUCGCCAACAACAACGUGAGAUUCGUUCUUACAUCUGCUACUCAGAGCUAUUCUGCUCUUGAGGAGAGCGCGUCAUCCGAGGACCGACAACUUGUCAAAGAGAUAUACGAGCACCUGGAAAAACACGGCGAUGCUGUCAAAGACGUUGCUUUUGAAGUCGACGAUGUUCAAGCACUGUUCUCGAAUGCGGUAGCCUCUGGUGCUAUUAGUGUUCAAGAACCGACAACAAUCAAAGGUGGAGAAGAUGGGUUCAUAGUUACGGCAACAAUCAAGACGUUUGGGGAUACUACUCAUACCUUCAUAGACCGUCGAAACUAUGUUGGAGCAUUCCUACCAGGGUAUCAUGCAGUAAACGAGUCCGACCCCAUUCAACGAUAUCUCCCUUCCAUUUAUGUGGACGAAAUUGACCAUUGUGUUGGGAACCACGACUGGGACGAUCUGGAAUCUGCCUGUAAUUUUUAUGAAGAAUGCCUCGGUUUCCGCCGUUUCUGGACUGUCGACGACAGAUCUCUCACCACUGAAUACUCUACUAUGAACUCGAUUGUCAUGGCUUCUCCGGGCAGCGAAAAGAUAAAGAUGCCAAUGAACGAACCAGCCGUUGGCAAGAAGAAGUCACAAAUCGAAGAAUUCGUACAAUUUUAUAACGGGGCCGGUGUCCAGCACAUCGCUUUCCACACAACAGAUAUUGUGCAGACUGUGACGAAUAUGAAAGAGCGCGGUGUUCAAUUUAUCAGUGUUCCAGCAACAUAUUACGAAGACCUUUCGGCUCGAUUGGAGAGUUCUGGUAUGAAGGUCAAAGAAGAUAUGGAGAUUCUUCGAAGGUUAAGCAUCCUUGUUGAUUUUGAUGAAGGGGGAUACCUGCUUCAAAUAUUUACCAAGCCUUUACUGGACAGACCGACGGUAUUUUUAGAGAUUAUCCAGAGGAACAACUUUGAUGGCUUUGGUGCUGGAAACUUCAAGGCUUUGUUUGAAGCUGUUGAAAGAGAACAAGCUAAACGGGGAAAUCUAUGA